AUGUCUCAGGAACCACAGUGGCUGAGCCACCCCACCGCCCUGCUUAUCCCCAAGGCCCGGGGAGGGCGAGCACAGCAUGCCGUGUACCUGCUCCUGGCUCUGUGCGCUGCAGUGCUGUACCUCGCCGGGGAGCCCCUUGUGCCCAGCGCCCGCAGCCUCAUCUCCCACUUCAUGGCCCUGCAGAUCGGGGUGCUGCUCAAGGGCACCUGCUAUCUGGCUGAGGAGAUCUUCCACCUCCAAUCCAGGCACCACGGCAGCUUCUGGAGGGCCCUGAGUGCCUGCUUCCCCCUGCGCUGGCAUGGUCUCAUGCUGCUCGUCUGUGGCUCAGCAUAUGUGGCUCUUCUUGAAGAUGGGCAACCGCUCGGCCUCCACCUCGGCCUGGCCAGCCUGUGCCAGCUCCUCAUCCUCGCUCUGGGGCUCCACAAGCCCUCAGCAGUGGAAAUGUCUGAGAUGUCUGAGAGGUCCAAGCAGAAUGUCGCUCAUGGGCUUGCCUGGUCUUACUACGUUGGGUACCUAAAAAUAGUCCUGCCACGGGUGAAAAAGUCGAUGGAGGAAUUCAGCAGAGCCAACCCCAACGUGCUGGCACGCAGGGAGACCUGGAAGCUCCACAUCUUGGUCCCUCUGAGCUGUGAUGUGUAUGAUGACCUGGAGAAAGCUGACAGCAAUAUCCAGUACCUGAUGGACCUCCCUGAAACCACCCUGACCCGAGCUGGCACCAAAAAAAGAGUCUACAAACACAGCCUCUACACAAUCAGGGAUGAAGGCAACAAGCUCUGGCACUGCGCAGUGGAGUAUGCCACACCGCUGCAGUCCCUCUACGCCAUGUCCCAGGAUGAGUAUGCUGCUUUCAGCCGGGAGGACCGCCUGGAGCAGGCCAAGCUUUUCUACAGGACAUUGGAGGAGAUCCUGAAAGGCUCCAAGGAGUGUGCGGGUACCUACCGGCUCAUUGUGUACGAGGAAUCAGGUGAAGCAGAAACCCACUCCUUGUCCAGAGACAUCCUCUGGCACCUCCGGCAGCAGUGUCACGAGGAGUACACCGUGUACGAGGGGAAUCAGCCGCACAACCCGUCCACGACCCUCCACUCAACAGAGCUCAACCUCCAGAUAAGUGAGUCAGACCUGCCGCAGCCUCUGCGAAGCGACUGCUUCUAA